AGGAAGCCGAUGUAUUGUGUGAAUCAUACCAUGAUUGUAUGUGGGUAUAUAUAUGUAUACGAGUGAAGCGAGCGACGCUGGAUAGACAAAAGGCGUCUGGUCGGGAUCGUUCCCCCACCAGCCACAAAACCACACUGCACGACGACCGACGAGAGGAACAAGAAUGACAUCGUCGGGCGUCGGCGGAGGAGGAGGUGGCGGCGGUAGGUAUAUGACUUACUCUCCGUCACCGUCUGCUCCCCACUCUCCUCAUAUAUCUGGGCUACGGUCCGCUCCUUCAUCCACCUCUGCCAUGAUCCUGGAUAAGGAGAAAUAUCUCUCUGAGUUACUGGCAGAACGGCAGAAACUUAGUCCAUUUAUGCCUGUGGUACCAAUUCUUUAUCGAUUGUUAAAUCGAGAAAUAUUGCAUGUAACCACGCUGUUGGGGAAUGCAUCAGUUUUAGGGCAUAGUGGGCUUGAACAUGCUAGCCCCCUGGCUUCUGGAGGGAUAUUUUCAAAUGGAGGAGCCGAUAUGAACGGAUGGGCAUCACGUUUUCAAUCAGAUAUGUCGGGUUUAUCACAGCCCUCAACACCACAAAACUGGUUGAGUUCUCAAGGUAGCUCAUCUGGCCUUAUUGUUAAGAGAACAAUCAGGGUGGAUAUUCCAAUCAACAAAUAUCCUAAUUACAACUUUGUUGGGCGCCUCCUUGGCCCUAGGGGCAAUUCUCUUAAGCGAGUGGAAGCAAGUACGGAGUGCCGUGUUCUUAUCAGAGGUCGUGGUAGCAUCAAGGAUCUAGCAAGGGAAGAAAUGAUGAGGGGGAAACCAGGGUAUGAGCAUCUGAAUGAACCUCUCCAUAUCCUCAUCGAGGCAGAAUUACCAGUUGAAAUGGUUGAUACUCGCCUAAUGCAAGCACGUGAGAUACUUGAAGAUUUAUUGAAACCUAUUGACGAAUCUCAGGAUUUCUACAAAAAACAGCAGCUAAGAGAACUAGCAUUGCUCAAUGGUACGCUUCGUGAUGAAGGUUCUCCCAUGUCUGGUUCGGUAUCCCCCUUUCACAACAGCCUUGGUAUGAAGAGGGCCAAGACCAGAGGGUGAAGGAUUUCUGCUUCGAGUGGCAUUUGGAGCAUGAUUUGAGAUAGUUUCUGCCAGUACACAGUAAUUCCCACCCAACAGGUAUUGCCGUUGGCCAAUGACUCCACCUGCCAUCGGGGCACUGGCUUUUCUAGCGUGCUGGUUCCAACCUGUUGUUAUAUGAAGUGUGUUUAUCAUAUUGUUCGGAGGAGAGGUGAAUGGCAGUAUCAUGUGGUGAAGGACUGAGUUCGAGGAUUUGCUUUUAUACAUGUGGGUUUUAGGCUGUUUGGGUGGAGCAGUGUCGCUCUGAGAUUGUCAAUGAAUUAUUAGGCUUAUCGUAUGCGUUUAAUGACAGUUCUGAUAUACUGCUGGUGUUAUCAGUUAUGCUUGGUAAUAUCCUAAUAGUGCACUGUUUGUAUACACAAUAGGCAGUCGAACUGCGAUGGAAAUUUAUGCCUGUUGUCUCAAUUUGAGGGUUCUGUAUCAUUGUUCAUGUUUAGUUUGAGGGUUAUGUAUUAUUAUUCAUGCUUAGAUUGGAAUUGAAAUUGGUUAAGGUGUUGUUGC